AUGGUGACUGUUUUCCAAGAAGCUUUCGCCCAUAUUGCCGUGAGCUCCGUGCCUGGGAGUUCCCACCAACGUUUCGAGGAUAUGGCCAUUGGCGGCGCUUUGGUUGGCGUGAUCGCAUUGCUCACCUGCCUGGUGACCCGGAAGCCAAAGAAGGCCGGCGAGGCUCUCAAGGAGCCUUUGCUUGCGGAGGAAGAUCCCGAGCUGGUGAUGGCGGACGAAGAGUGCGGCGAGGCCUCCGCAGAGGCCUGGAAGCAGAAGGCUCUUGCGGCCAUGCAGCGCAGCCAGAAGGUGUCCCUGGGGCGAGACGUGUGGAGUAGCCCGCGCACCGGCUGGCCGGAAUGGGUGCUCCAGGAUCUGAACUUGCCUGUUCUGGCUAUGAAGCCACGUGACAUGGACCACAUGGUGCAGACGGAUCACUGGCAAAUGGCCCUGAGCAUCGUCCACACCAAUGCGAUGCAGCAGGCUUUCAGUGAGCCCAUCCUGGCGCACAUCUGCGCGGCGGUCGGCGCCCCCACCAAGACUGGCCUGGUCCAGCUCUGGGGGGACUUCACGGCACUGAAAGAGCGGAAUGCAGUGUUGAAGCACAGUACUAGGGCAGCUUCGCCUCGGCAACGACUUGCCACUUCUCAGGCGAAGGCAGCCGCAAACAAGCGCACGGAGGAGGAAAAAAGGCUUCUUGCCAAGGCGGUGCAGUGGGAGAAGGCACCCCACGCAGGCCGUGGCGAAGCUGGAGAGCAUCCGGGAGCGGGAACGGAAGCGACAGAACACUUGAAGGAGGCGGAGCAAAGGGCGAAGGGAGUGAGGGCAGCGCCGCGAUAG